AUGGAUGCCUGUGACAAGUGGAUACGGUCCCGGUAUGCACUGGGAAAUAUCCUGGUUAAUAUUUUUAUCCGUGCCCUAGAGGAGGUGAUGCGCUCUCAUCAUGCUGCAGAUAACAUCAAAUUGGAAAAAACAGUCAAUAUGCUGGAAGAUGAUGUUUUAGUGGUAAACAUUGUUUCUGAAACUCCAGAAGCUCCUUUAGUAGAAAAACAGUUACUCAUUUAUCUUUUCAUUUUUUUUCAGAACAAUGGGUCACUUGCUUGGUGCCAGAAUCAUAAACAGUGUUCAAAGUGCCUGGAGCCCUGCAAAGAAUCUUGGGACCUGAAGAAAAACCACUGCCAAAGUUUCUGUGAGCCUCUUUUCCCCAAGAAGAAUUAUGAAUGCCUAACUAGCUGUGAAUUCCUUAAGUACAUCCUGUCUGUGAAGCAAGGGGACUGCCCAGCACCUGAGAAGGCCAGUGGUUUUGCAGCUGCCUGUGUUGAAAGCUGUGAAGCUGAUAGUGAAUGUUCUGGAGUGAAGAAAUGCUGUUCCAAUGGAUGUGGACAUACGUGCCAAGUUCCAAAAAAUCUUUACAAAGGUGUUCCACUGAAACCCCGGAAAGAAUUAAAAUUCAUAGAACUUCAGUCUGGAGACCUGGAGGUGAAGUGGUCUUCAAAAUUCAAUAUUUCCAUUGAGCCUGUGAUCUAUGUUGUUCAGAGGAGAUGGAAUCAAGGGAUCCAUCCUAGUGAGGACGAUGCUACUAACUGGCAAACUGUGGCACAGACUACAGACGAGCGGCUCCAGCUGUCGGACAUCAGGGCGAGCAGGUGGUACCAGUUCCGGGUGGCAGCUGUGAACGUGCAUGGGACGAGAGGCUUUACGGCGCCCAGCAAGCACUUCCGCUCCUCGAAAGAUCCAUCUGCUCCACCAGCCCCAUCUAACAUCAGAAUUGCCAAUAUCACUGCAAACAGUGAUGGAAGUGUGAAUGUAAUGAUUAGCUGGGAUCUUCCAGAAGAGCCUGAUAUCCCAGUGCACCAUUACAAAGUCUUCUGGAGCUGGACGUAUAGCAAAUAUGUGAUUCCAGCUAAAAAAAAGAGAAGGAAGAUUACUGAUGGGCCCCAAAAUUAUGUGGUCCUGGAGGGACUCCAGCCCAACAGCAACUACAAUGUGGAACUGCAGGCAGUAACACGUUGGGGUCAGAUACGCCUAAAAAGUGCUAAAGUUUCUCUCCAUUUUAGCACAACUCAGGACACCAGGAAUAAUAAAGAACAGACCUCUUCUGCUGUGAAACCCCAGAAAGGACUGGCAGAUCCUAUCCCAAUCUUUCAAAGAAGAAAACCCACUCGUUUUCUUAAAGUUGGAGCUCCCUUCUAUCAGGACAAUCAACUUCAGGUCAAAGUGUACUGGAAGAAAACAGAUACCAGCAUGAAUCAAUAUCAAGUCCAUUGGUUACUGGAGUCCUGUGCACGCAAUGACACCAAAGGACUCGGGAAAGUAACUGAGCUGACUUACGAAAACUACAUCAUUCUGAAGGACCUGUCAUUUUCUUGCAAAUACAAAGUAACUGUUUUGCCUGCAAAAUCUAAAGGUCGUUUUAAGGCUGAGAGUGCUUUCUUUGUUACCCCACCUUGCUCUACAUUUAAAGAGAAAAACCAUAACAAGUCCCAGAAUCAAAGGGAGAUUGGCUGGAAAGAACUUCUGGAGUCAUCCAGUCCACCCACCCGCUCAAACAGGGCUGUUGCCAGCACCAGGUCAGUGCCAGUUCUACCCAAAGUGUUGGCCAAACCCGAGAAUCUAUCUGCGUCUUUCAUUGUUCAGGAAGGUAACAUCACUGGUCAUUUUUCCUGGAAGAUAUCCAAGGCAGUCCUUCAUCAGCCCAUGACAGGGUUUCAAGUUACAUGGGCAGAAGUAACCACAGAAAGCCGACAGAACAGCUUACCCAACAGCAUCAUUUCGCAGUCGCAGAUACUGCCAGCAGAUCAUUAUGUACUGACUGUGCCCAAUCUGCGGCCAUCAAUGCUAUACCGAUUAGAAGUUCAAGUGCUGACAACUGGUGGUGAAGGACCAGCUACAAUAAAAUCAUUUCGAACACCUGAUCUUCCUCCAUUUUUGCCCCACAGACCUCGUCUGAAGCAACAUCAUCCACAUCAUUACAAGCCACCCCCAGAGAAAUAUUAGACUGUUUCAAGUGAUUACACAAAUGACUGAGAAAAAAACUGAGCUCCCACAUGAAAGUUAGAAAAACGAACAUCUGUAGGAGCAAUGAAUCCAAUUUUCCAGUGGAAGUUACUAUCCUGUAGGAUCUUUAUCUACUUCUAUGUAGUUUAGCCAUGAAAAAUUGCGUUGGUACCAACACCAGGAUGAAACAUACAGCAAGUAUCAUUUCAAUGCCACCACUAUACAACAAGCUGAAGAUUGCAUCCAACUCAACACUUGUGAGAAAAUCAAGUGUGUUUAUUGUAAUGCUUUUUUUGUAUUCCUGAGUUUAAAGUAGAUUGAAAGGGUGCAGUGUAUACAGCUUAUCUUCCUGACUUUAAUGUUAAUAUUUGAGAGGUUGUUCUGUGAUGUAUACAUACUUUUGAACACUGAAGACCAGAACAUCAGUGUGUUUAAACUGAUAACUUUUACUU